AUGGCUGGAAAACAUGGCCAGUCGCUGCCUCACCUGCAAUCUGGUGAGGUGACACUAUUAGAAUACGCUGCAGAUGACUAUCGCGAUGUCGUGACUCUAUCGGAUAAAGAGGCCUUGGUACUGCAGCUCUACAACCAGAUCCAGGAACAGCAACUAGAAAAGGCAUUUCUCGAACAAGAACUGGAAUCAUUUUCGGGCGCGGAUGCUGAAGAACAGCUCGCAAUCGCGGAACGUGAGCUUCUAGAGGCCCGAUCUACUUAUACAGUCAGGAGGAAGGCCGUUCGCACCAUCCUCAUGACUGAGCCUAUUCUCAAAGCUGUCCACCUGAAGGCUGCCACUCCUGCUGAGAGAGCCAUUCUUUGUCUGGUGAAUCGUCGCGAUGUGCUUGCCCUUGCACACGAGAACCUCGCGUCGGCACAUACCUUGGUGAUGAGGCAGCUCUCAAACCUACAAGUAAAGAAUCUCCAGAUCAAUCGCGAAAACCAGGAACUAGUGCGCCAGCUACUAGAGCUCACGAAAGAAGAUUCAUCAUGGAGAGAGAAGCUUGAAGACCCCGAGCUGUUACCGCGCCUGGACAAGUCUGAAACUGAUUUCAAGGCGCGCAAAGCUCAGUGGGAGACUAUGAAGUCCAUCGCAAGUGCUGUAGUUGUUGCCAGUGGACUAAAUUGGGCCGAUGACGACAUGUUGCGCGCGUUGGUGCUGGAUGAAAGUGAUGACUGA